AAGGACCACAAACUCCUUAACUCCUUCUCUUUUACCCUCACAAAGCUCAACUCCGGCGAUCACCGGAACCCUAAUAUUACCUUCCUCGGCAAGGAUGCAAGGCAACUGCGAUAAUCUCGAAGACACCGAGCUAAGGCUCGGCCUGCCGGGAAUCGACCUAACUGCAGCGGCUUCGAAGUUCAACAAACGAGCGUUGACUGAGGAUUCUGAGAUCGAGAGGUCCUCUGCUAAGGCGCAAGUGGUUGGGUGGCCGCCGGUGAGAUCGAACAGAAGGAACGGUUUCCAUGCCAGGCGAUCGGAGGCGGCGGAGGUCGCCGGCGGCGGAAUCUUGGUGAAAGUCAGCAUGGAUGGGGCGCCUUACUUGAGGAAAAUAGAUCUCAAGAACUAUAAGGGUUAUAAGGAGCUUAGAGAUUCAUUGGAAGAUAUGUUCAAAUGCUUCUCUUUUUCCUUAGAAUGUGAGAGUUCAGAGGCAGAAGCAAGCAGUGGAACUGAGUAUGCAAUUGCAUAUGAAGAUAAAGAAGAGGAUUGGAUGUUGGCUGGAGAUGUCCCAUGGGAGAUGUUCAUUUCCUCCUGCAGGAGGCUCAGAAUAAUGAAGGGAUUUGAAGCAAAGGGGUUGGCUUCCAGCCCUUGAGAAAAAUACAGUAAGGUUUCGUUUGGGACGGUUUUUUUACUUCUUUUUGAAGCAGUUUUUUAGUAUAAUUUUUGUACUAAAUAGUUGUUUCAUAAUGCACUAAAAAAGCCGUCCCAAACGGAAGCCAAAAUAUGCAAAUGUUACUAUUUGUUUUGUUUCAAAUUUCUUUUAUAAAAAUGGUGUCAGCUAUGAGAUUUAUGAAGGAAGGCUUAAGUAAUGGAAUUAUUCACAGAGAACAAUGGAGGAUUGAAAUAAGUGAAGUGUUAGAGGGAUUUAAUAUAAGAAAAAUACUUUAUAAAUAUAUAUUUUCUCAUUGUAAGAGUGUCAUCAUGCUUGAUUUGUUUUGUAAUAAUGACUGUGAUCAAUAUUACUGUUGGAAAUUACUUUAA